AUGAGAGCUCAAGCAGCAGCCCUUCUGGGCUUCGCUUCGGCGGCCUACGCGCAAGUCGCAACCACAUGCCCUCAGGACGGUGUCUGCUUCGGCCUGAACAUUCCAGAGAACACUGCAUCCUCGGGCAGUGGCGAUAUCUUCUUCCAGAUCAGCGCCCCAACUACAUACUCAUGGGUCGCUCUGGGCCAGGGAAGUGGAAUGUCCGGCUCGAACAUCUUCGUUAUCUACACGUCCGCCAGCGGCAACAACGUUACGCUAUCGCCGCGCCUUGGACAGGGUUACCGCAUGCCCAACUACAAUUCGGCAGCUCAAGUCACACUGUUAGAGGGCAGCGGCGUGACGGACGGCGUUAUGACUGCGAAUGUCAAAUGUUCGAACUGCAACAGUUGGAAUGGGGGUGAUAUGGACUUCACGUCCAGUUCCGGGGGUUGGAUUUGGGCAAACCAGCAAGGAAGCCCUCUGAAUUCGGACGACACAUCGGAGAGCAUUGUGCAACAUAGGAGCCAAGGUGGAUUCGCGUUCGACUUCUCCACGGCCAAAGGCGGGAACGGCGUCAACCCUUUCGCCAACUCCGGCGUUACGGUUGCUUCGGCGUCUGCUGGCUCGACCGCUAGCUGUACCCCGAGGCCUAGGACUUCUAGUGCUACACAGACUACCGGCCCGUCCGCAGUAACGGCAGCAUCGACCGCUUGGCCCAGCGCAUUUCCGAGCGACGGAGAGAUGCAACGCCGACGCAACAUGCUGAUCGCCCACGGCGUGCUUGCGAGUCUUGCUUUUGUCAUCUUCUUCCCUGCCGGCGCCAUCAGCAUCCGCGUCUUCAGUUUCCCCGGCCUCGUCUGGUUCCACGCUGCCAUGCAGGCGUUUGCGUACCUUGUCUACAUUGUAGCUUUUGGCUUGGGAGUCUACAUUGCUACGACCAUGAGGCUGAUCGAUGCAUACCACCCAGUCAUCGGUAUCGUCCUCUUCAUUUUUCUGUUCUUCCAACCCAUCCUAGGCCUACUCCACCACGCCAUGUUUAAGAAAUAUAAGCGCCGCACGUUCUGGUCUUACGCCCACCUGUGGCUCGGCCGCAUCAUCAUCACCCUCGGCAUCAUCAACGGAGGUCUCGGUCUUCUGCUGGCGAACAACUCCCCAUCUGGGGCUAUCGCCUAUGGAGUCAUUGCCGCCAUUGUCUGGCUUGUCUAUGUCGCCGCUGCUGUGUAUGGUGAGAUGAAGAAAGCCCGGAGCGCGCCGCCGAAGUAUUCGGAGAGGAUGGGCUCGGAUGAGGGCAGUCCGAUGCGGGAUAUGAGCGGGCAGCCGAGAGAGUACUACGGGACGCCGAAGUAG